AGCUGGGGUGCUGGGCCAGGGUCCAGUCCAUCUGUGUCUCCCUUCUCAAGGUGCCCCUGAUGUUCGGGUUCCUGUACCUAUUUGUGUGCUCCCUGGAUGUGCUCAGCUCUGCCUUCCAGCUGGCCGGAGGCAAGGUGGCUGGGGACAUCUUCAAGGACAAUGCCAUCCUCUCCAACCCGGUGGCCGGGCUGGUGGUGGGCAUCCUGGUGACCGUGCUGGUGCAGAGCUCCUCCACCUCCACCUCCAUCAUUGUCAGCAUGGUCUCCUCGGGGCUGCUGGAGGUGCGCUCCGCCAUCCCCAUCAUCAUGGGCUCCAACAUUGGCACCUCUGUCACCAACACCAUUGUGGCCCUCAUGCAGGCUGGCGACCGCAGUGAGUUCAAACGGGCCUUUGCUGGUGCCACGGUGCACGACUGCUUCAACUGGCUGUCGGUGCUGGUCCUGCUGCCGCUGGAGGUGGUGACCGGGUACCUGCACCAUGUCACCCACCUAGUCGUGGCCACCUUCAACAUCCGCAGCGGGAAGGAUGCCCCUGACCUGCUGAAGAUCAUCACGGAGCCCUUCACCAAGCUCAUCAUCCAG